UUUAAAAUAUAGCUAACAUGCUUUGUGCCUAUUUGGGGAACUGGGAAAUAUAGAAAGAUGUGCUCAAGUCCACAUGGUUAUAUCCUCAAAAACGAAUAGAGUUUCAUUGCCAACAGAUUAAAGAUGGAGAGUUCAGCUGAGAAAAAAACCACAAAAGGAGAGUUCGUUGUUGGCGGUAAAUACAGACUUGUCAGAAAAAUAGGAAGUGGUUCUUUUGGGGACAUUUAUUUGGCAAUCAAUAAUACAAAUGGUGAGGAAGUGGCAGUAAAAUUAGAGGCAACAAAAGCUCGUCAUCCACAACUUCUAUACGAGAGCAAAUUGUACAAAAUAUUACAGGGUGGUGUUGGAAUACCUUACAUACGUUUCUAUGGCACAGAGAAAGAGUAUAAUGUGUUGGUUUUGGAUUUGUUAGGACCCAGCUUGGAGGAUUUAUUCAAUUUCUGCUCAAGACGGUUUACCAUGAAAACAGUUUUGAUGCUUGCUGAUCAGAUGAUUGGACGAAUUGAAUAUGUUCACAACAAAAACUUUAUUCACAGAGAUAUCAAACCAGAUAACUUCUUAAUGGGCAUUGGUAGACAUUGUAAUAAAGUCUUUUUGAUUGAUUUUGGACUUGCUAAAAAAUACAGAGACAGUCGUAGUCGAACCCACAUUGUUUACAGAGAAGAUAAAAAUCUAACUGGAACUGCCAGAUAUGCCAGUAUAAAUGCUCAUUUGGGCAUAGAGCAGAGUCGCAGAGAUGAUAUGGAGUCCCUUGGAUACGUAUUAAUGUAUUUCAACAGAGGAAGUUUGCCAUGGCAGGGUUUAAAAGCUAACACCAAAAAGCAGAAAUAUGAAAAAAUAAGUGAAAGAAAAAUGUCCUGUCCAGUUGAGGUCUUGUGUAAAGGUUUUCCGGCAGAAUUUUGUAUGUAUCUCAACUAUUGUAGAGGGCUACGUUUUGAAGAAGCACCAGAUUACAUGUAUCUCCGUCAACUCUUCCGAAUUCUGUUCCGCACACUUAAUUAUCAGUACGAUUAUACAUUUGAUUGGACAAUGUUGAAACAAAAAGCGGCUGCUCAGAGUUCUACCACAGGCCAAGCUACUGCUGGUUGCCGUUGAUGAAACAAUUUGUCAAUUUGAAACACACUUCACAAUGCAGCUUUACCAUCACAGUCACUGCACAAGCUUUUAGUUACUUGGAAUAAAUUCUGAUAAAAAUAUGGUUGUAAUCCAUUGGCAUAGACUUAUAGCAUCAUAAACAUUGAACGGUGUCACUAUGAUAGUGUGUUCCAGAUGUGAUUUGUCAAAACAAGAACUUGUGUUUUGUCUUGUGAUGAUACUGUGUUGAUAUGAAAAUAAAAUUGUGUCCUGACCUGAUCUAAAUUAUUAGUUAUUUUGGUGUUUCUUCUUGUGCUGUAUGAAAUUUGGAUUAAGUGCUGCUUUAUUUCAUGAUAGAAUUUAGCUUCAAUCUGAUUACACCCCAUGGUGAUGAAAAUUAGUGUUGUUUUGAUAUUACAUUGGAUACAUACAGUAGUUUAUUAUGAAGUAAGAUGAGUAAUUCAUUUGCCAAAUUUUAGAAGAAAAAAGUAUCAGUCAAUCGAAUUUAUUGGAGAUGAUUUCAUAUUUUAAAUAGUGAACUUAGAUUAGACAUUAAAUAUAAUUUUAUUUGAGAAAGAUUAUGUAGUUUUUAAUCAUUUUACUGGUUUCAAUAGAAAAUUUUGUUCAGCUAUUCUAUGAAACUGAUACCUAACUGUACAUUUUUGUCCAUAAUUAUAUAUAUAUAAGGUCAAAGCUAAUGUAUAUUCUGCACACAGAAAAUUUGAAAAAAACUGUUAAAAAAAUUAUAUAUAUUUCAUUUUAAAUAAUAUAUAUUAUUUACUUGUAAAUUAAUUUGUAACAUAGUAACAUAAAAUUUCAUGGACUUCUUUUUGUGUUGAUGUGUUUUACUGUUUUGCUGUAAAAAUAAGUUGUUCUGUGUCAAUAUUUUGUGUUAUGCCAAGAUGCUUUUAAAUCUCCUGUUAAUGUGUGAUGACAUGAUAAAAUUGAAAUGAAUGUUUCCUGUGCCAAGGUGAUUGUAAAGCAUAUUGAAGGAUGAAACUGUGUACAUCGUUUCUUGUAAAGUUAUUUAAGAGGAAAAUCAUUUAAACAGGGUCCUUAAAAAAUCAUUUCAAUUUCCAUUUCACAUUUAUCUGGCACUGGACUCUUAUACACUUGCAUUUCUUCUGAUGAAAUGUAUUUGAUUUUCGUACUGCCACAAAAUUAAAUGAUGCAACUUAUCACUCAUUGCUUGGGUAUGAUUAGGGUUUUGAUGAGUUUAAAGUCCAUAAUCUUGUGAGUAUGUCAUAUAUAAUAAACCCAUGCUUAAGAACUUGAGCAUAUUAUGACAUUAGCUUUGCGUGACAUGUAGGUAAAGCCACUUCACAGCAUAUAUUACCAAAUAAUAAUGAAGAAGAGCAUUUGCAACUUAUCCUUCCAAAACAAUAUGUAUUGACAAACAGAUUUUGAAGUGAAUCCCUGGUUGAACUAACUGGAAGUAUUGAUACCAAAACUUGUGAUGGUUUCAGAUAUAAAAGCAAUCAUUUUUACUCGGUUAUUUAUUAAAAAAUGUUAAUUGAUGUAUAAGAAUGUCAAGCACUUAUGGUUUUAAUUUCGUUGUAGAAUAAUUACUGAAUCAAUCACAAGUUUGUUGAGUUCUUGGGGAAUUUUAUCUUAAAUCUUGCUUGUUCUGUCUUGUGAGCAGUAUCUAGCUUAUUUUAGUGUAAGCUUAUGCUGGAAACUUGAAGUUCAGAAAGUCCACCUCAAUAGUAUUUCCAGCUCACUCUUAUAUGGUUGAAGGUUGAUUUCUAGUAUGGAUAAGCUCAGACAACCUGUGAAAUUAUAUGCUUUUGAUUUUGUUCGGACCUUAAACUAGGUCUCAAAUUUUGUCAAUUUUAGAAACCUAUGAAGCCUCAUAUUCGUUUAUCAUUAAACUAGACAAAACUUAAUGUAGGUUAUCAUUAAGAUCAGGGCUGUUAGUUGUUAGUUUGUUUCUUAAGAAUGAUUUCUGGCAAUAUUGCAUCUUUGUGCCAUGUGGGCCAUUUUGGAUCUUUUUCUUCCAACAUGACUGCCAUUAACAGUCCCAGUUUAAACUUUGAUGACAAUGUCAAUACAGGUUUCUUGAAAAAGCUGAGCUAUAAAUAAUUAAUGUAUAAUGAAAAUUUUGAAAAUGGAAUACGCUUAUAAAUGAUUUAGUAUCCAUUGAUUUAGAAAUGAUUUCAAGAAACUUGUUUUGACUUGUUAUUUGACCAAUGUUUUGAUUUUCUUUAUAUGUCAUUGGAUACAGUGUUUAAUAUUUUACUGAAAUAUUUUUCUUUAUUUUUAAUUAAGAGAAGUUACUGUGUGCUUUGACAUGGAAUAAAUGUAGAUAUUGUGAUAAAAAGUGUUUUUCAUAGUGU